GAGUGGGUGGGUGAGCGAUGUCUGAAGUCCCUCUGUGAAGACAGCAAUGACUUGCAGGAUCCUGUCCUGAGCAGCACACAGGCCCAGAGGCUGAUGCAGCUCAUUUGUUAUCCACACCGGCUGCUGGACAACGAGGAAGGAGAAAAUCCUCAGCGGCAGAGGAUUAAACGCAUCUUACAGAAUCUCGACCAGUGGACCAUGAGGCAGUCGUCGCUGGAGCUGCAGCUCAUGAUUAAGCAGACAGCAAACAAUGAGAUGAACUCCUUGUUAGAAAAUAUAGCAAAGGCCACCAUUGAGGUAUUCCAGCAAUCAGCAGAGACCAGCUCUACUGGCAAUGGAGUCAACAAUAUCAGUAGCUCAGCAAGUACUACACCUGCCAGCAACAAAUCCAAACCCAUCCUCAGCUCCCUGGAGAGAUCAGGAGUGUGGCUGGUGGCCCCUCUGAUUGCCAAGCUUCCAACGUCAGUACAGGGCCAUGUGCUGAAAGCUGCUGGAGAAGAACUGGAGAAAGGACAGCAUCUGGGGUCAUCAUCCCGCAAAGAGCGGGACCGCCAGAAGCAGAAGAGCAUGUCCCUCCUGAGCCAGCAGCCAUUUCUGUCACUGGUGCUAACAUGCUUGAAAGGACAGGAUGAGCAGCGGGAAGGCCUCCUCACCUCUCUGUACAGUCAGGUCCAGCAGAUUGUUACGAAUUGGCGAGAAGAUCAGUACCAAGAUGACUGCAAAGCGAAGCAGCUGAUGCAUGAGGCCCUGAAGCUACGGCUGAACUUGGUGGGGGGAAUGUUUGACACAGUUCAACGCAGUACACAGCAGACGACUGAAUGGGCUGUGCUUCUUCUGGACAUCAUCAGCAGUGGCACCGUGGACAUGCAGUCAAACAAUGAGCUCUUCACUACCGUGUUGGACAUGCUGAGUGUUCUCAUCAACGGCACCCUGGCUGCUGAUAUGUCCAGUAUUUCUCAGGGCAGCAUGGAGGAGAACAAGCGGGCGUACAUGAAUCUUGUCAAGAAACUCAGGAAAGAGCUGGGGGACCGGCAAUCUGACAGCCUGGAGAAGGUACGACAGCUACUGCCACUUCCCAAGCAGACCCGAGAUGUUAUCACCUGUGAACCUCAGGGAUCCCUCAUUGACACCAAAGGCAAUAAAAUAGCUGGUUUUGACUCCAUCUUCAAGAAGGAGGGUUUGCAAGUCUCUACAAAGCAGAAGAUUUCCCCUUGGGAUCUGUUUGAGGGCUUAAAGCACUCAGCCCCCCUCUCCUGGGGAUGGUUUGGGACAGUCCGGGUAGAUCGCAAGGUGUCUAGAUUUGAAGAACAGCAGAGGCUUCUUCUGUACCACACACACUUGAAACCCAAGCCCCGUAGUUACUACCUGGAGCCGUUGCCACUGCCCCCUGAAGAGGAAGAGCCUCCUACACCUGUGGCUUUAGAGCCAGAGAAGAAAGCUGCGGAACCAGCCAAGGCUGAUAAAACAAGUUCCAAUCCUGCCACCUCUACUGAAGAACGCAAGAAGAAACAGAGCAAAACCAAGAAACGCAACCAGUCUGCCAGCAAAACUGAGGAUUUUGUGUUGGGCCCUAGCCGAGGAGUUUCAUAUGGAGUUGGUAUGCCUACGGAUCUCUUGCAUCACCAGUCAGGAAGCACUAUGUCAAGGCUGGCAUAUGGGCAGUCACCAGUGGGUCUCUAUGCCCAGAAUCAGCCUCUUCCAGCAGGUGGCCCUCGGCUGGAUACAUCCUACAGACCUGUACGCAUGCCGCUGGGGAAACUUGUUCAGAGUCGUCCUCCCUAUAGUGGUGUGCUGCCUCCAGGGAUGGGGAGCAUGAUGGGUAUUGACCCCUCCUACAAGCCAGCAGUGUACAGGCAGCAGCCUCCAGUGUCCCAGGGACAGAUACUGAGGCAGCAGCUUCAAGCAAAGUUGCAGGGCCAAGGCAUAAUGGGCCAGCAGCCCGUGCGCCAGAUGGCUCCAACCCCAUCCUAUGGAGCCCUGCAGCCCUCCCAGGGUUACACACCUUACGUCUCCCACAUAGGCCUUCAGCAGCAUCCCUCCCAAUCAGGCACGAUGGUACCUCCUACCUAUUCUGGCCAGCCCUAUCAGAAUUCCCACCCCAGCUCUAAUCCUGCCCUGGUGGAUCCUGUUAGACAGAUGCAGCAGAGACCAAGUGGCUACGUACACCAGCAGGCCCCUGGCUAUGGUCACACUUUGGGCAACACACAGAGGUUUCCUCACCAGUCGAUACAACAGGCCCCCAUGAUAAGUGGGAUGAACCAUUUGGGUCCACAAGGAGUGCCCACAGGAAUCCGACCCAGCCAGAUACUGCCUGACCAGCAGCAGCAGCAGUACCUGAGGCAGCAGCAGCAACAGCAGCAGCAGAUGCUGAGGCAGCAACAACAGCAACAACAACAACAGCAGCAGCAGCAACAACAGCAGCAGCAGCAGCCCCAGCCGCCGCAGGCACAGCCGCAGCAGCAGCCCCAGGUCUCCACAGUGCCUCAGCCGCAGGCGCAGGGCCAGCCCCCAGGGCUUGGGAUGCAGGCUCUCCCCCCCCAGCAGCCCAUUGCUGCCAGCCAGGUGGUGUGGCUGUAA